CCAAUAGGGAUACUUUAGUUCGCUGUAUGAAUCCAUUCUUAUAACUAGUAUGACAGACUUCCUCUCAACCAUCUGGUGCUCUUCAAUGAGGAAAUAUACAGUGCUAAUAGUAGUUUUCAUUUUUUGUGGGAAAGUAUUAACUGGUCCUGUUUUUCGUGAGCCUGUAAACUUAAACAAUGAUGUGGUGUCCUGUAGUAGAAAUAUGGAAUGUGGAUGGCUAGUUUGUCUGUGGGCACAAGAAUCAAAUGCAGAAUACGGUUGUCAGUUUUUCCAUAAUCAUUGCCAUUGUCCAUCAAAUUUAGAAUGCAGCACUGCCUCUAUGUCUUCUCCCUCUGAUGAUCAUUUGGUCUGGGAUUAUCGAUGUCAAGAACCGGAAUCAAACAGGAAAUGACGAAUUGACGACAGACAUUGUUGGCAUAUACAGCAUCAUUGUUAUUUGUUAAACUUAAAUGUUGUAUUUCUUAUACUUUGGUUUAAUAAAAUCAUGUGGAAAAAGG